ACGAAUUAAUGGUUCGAUCAGACUCUUCCUUUCUCAACACAUUUCCUUUCAUCCUUCUUGAUUUUUAUAUAUAACUUCCUACUUUUUUUUUUCUUUGCAUUUUCCAUCUUCUCAGUCACACAGAAGAAGUACAAAAGUUUCAAGCUUCCAGUUAGUAAUUAUGGAGAACUUUGUAGGACCAAUCUUGGAAGUUGUGAAAUUUGUUGGUGAUCCAGCUGUGAGAUAUCUGAAAUAUCAGAUAAAAUUCAAUGAUUAUUUAGAAGAAUACAAAAUAGGCAAAGAAGACUUGUGUCUUCGAGAGCGUCACAUCAGAUCAAGAUUGGACACAGAUCUUCAACGUCCAUGGAAUGUUGCAAAUGAGGAAGUGGAAAAAUGGUUGGAAGAUGUGGAAGAGUUUAUUGCAAAACAAGAUGUUGAAGAUGAAGUGAACAACCAUGGAUGUCUCUCAUGUUGUUGUCGAGUGAAGAUUCUAGAGGAAAGGACUCAGCAAUUGAAGGAAAUUUAUGACAGAGGGGAUGCAUACACUAAUGAGUGUUUGGUCGUUGAAGAUCAAUCGAGAAAACUCGACGUUUAUUCACAACUUGGCUAUGGGAAAAUUGCUAAGGAGGAAGUUAAAAAGUGGCUGAAAAAUGUGGAAGAAAUAACUGGCCGUGUUGCCAAUGAUAUUGAAAAUCAAAUCAAUAGAAGUCAAAGUCUCUCAAAUGCUUCUGCUUGCCUCGCAAAUCUACUCAAUGAAAAGAUUCAAGAAAUGAAAAGAAUGUAUGAAGGAGGUAGAUUAACAGGGAGUUUGGUCGUGGAUGAUCCAUCAGCCUCAGCAGUUGAAUUGCCAACAUCAGAAUUACAAGGCAGCAGGGAUGUUAAAGCAGAAAUAUGGGCGUGCUUGAUGGGAGAUACGGUAGCAAAGGAGAUUGUGAAUGAAUGUGAUGGUCUUCCUUUGGCAAUAAUCACAGUCGCUGGUAGCUUGAAGGAAAUAUCUGAGCCACGUUUGUGGAAGGCUGCAUUGAAUCAAUUGAGAGAAUGCAGAAGAAAUGUGGCAGGGACAGAUGAUGAUGCAUUUAGGAUAUUAAAAUUUAGUUAUGAUCGUUUGAGAAACCCAAAAAUUCAACAUUGUUUCUUAUAUUGUGCAAUGUACCCUGAGGACUAUAAUAUUCAAAGAAAGGAGAUAAUUGAAUAUUGGAUUGAUGAGGGGUUUAUAGAUGAAAUGGAGACUUGGCAAGCAAUGAAGGAUGAGGGCUAUGAUAUUCUGAGAAAGCUUGAAGAUAAUUGUUUGUUGGAAGAUGGGGAAGAGGAAGAUUGUGUGAGAAUGCAUGAUCUUGUCAGGGACAUGGCAUUGAAUGUCACAAGAACAAAUCCCCAAUUCUUGGUAAAAGCAGGCUUGAGAUUGAAAAAGCUACCAGAGAAAGGAGAAUGGACAGAAAACCUUGAAAAGGUUUCUUUAAUGAGAAACUUCAUCAAAGAAAUUCCUUCAAACAUUCCAUCAUCAAAAUGCACCAUGCUAACAACCUUGUUGCUGUCUCACAAUAAUUUGUUGACAAUUCCAGAAUCUAUCUUUGAGUAUAUGCCUCAGCUCAAAAUUCUUGAUCUUUCCUACAAUCAGGAGUUUAGUAGCCUACCAGAUUCCCUCUCCAAAUUAGUGAAUCUCACUACAUUAUUGUUGCAGGCGACAUCCUUAAUAGAGGUACCAUCUCUAUCCAACCUUCAAGCUUUAAAAAAGUUAGACCUUGGUAGGUCAGGACUCGAAGAAAUCCCUAAAGGCCUAGAAAUGUUGACAAAUCUCAAAUAUCUUGACAUUUCUGGAAAUAGAAUUUUAGAAUUUUCUCCUGAGGUAGAUGAAAUAGCUAAUGGAAUAUUAUCAAAUCUCUCCGAACUUCAGUACUUAGUGAUCGAGGAGAUGGAGAUGAGUUCAAUAUGUACGCUGUUGAUGUUGCAAGCCAUUUCUCUCUUGAAUCUUAUUAUUGUUCUCCUUUGGAAUUAGAAGAAGGACGUAAUAAAAGUUUGGAAUUCAA